AAUGGCCGACGCAGUAGCGCCUGCCGCUCAAGCAGCGGGUGAAAAUGCUCCAGCAGCUCAGCCACAAAGUUGGGGGUCGAUAUUGUUCGGAAUUCUGAAGCAAUGCAUGAUGUUCUACUUUAUUUCAACAAUGUUAGGAAAAAUGGGUGGCUCUCAAAGUAAAACAAACUCAACCGCCGCCGCCAACGUUAAAGGAAUGCCUCCGUCAGUGAAUCUAUUCCCACCAGGACAAAUUUACGAUUUCUAUCUUUAUUUGGACGAUUCUGAAGAACGUUUCAACCAUUUUGAGAACGGGUUUCUUUUUGCUCAAAAGAAGGGCCUGAGAUACGGAGACUGGACAGGAGGACCGAACAAAGACGGCUCAUACGUAUUUGAGAAGACGUUUCCAACUCCAGAAGUGUUGCUCCGCAAUCAGUCGUAUUAUCUUCACGCAUUCCUGGUCAAAAAUGGUCAAUCACCAAAUCCAGCUGACAAGAAUUAUAUUCGCCGCGAGGUUGUCUAUGGAGUACAUCAACUGAAUAAGUACAAGAAGAAGCACUACAAGAAAACCGCCAAUCUGCUGACGGGAGUCAGUGAACAGAGUGAUGAAGACCUAGCUAAAGCGGAGAUUAUGAAGUUUGAAAUUCUCAACUUUUGGCAUCCAAACAUGUCCGUCAACAUUGUCGACGAUCAUAGUCAAUGGCAAAAAGGAGCUAUCCCUCCACCACUGGACAAAGAUGUAAAAUUCGCUCCAAAUGGAGAGUUUUAUCAUCCUAUACUUUUCUUCAACAACUACUGGAAUCUCGGUGCAGACUACAUGCCAAUCAACGAAACUGUGAAAGAGCUCAAGUUAUCGGUCACCUUCUACCCGCUGUCAAUUUUCAAGUACCAGAUGUAUGCUAGUCAAAAUAUGAGAUCUCAAUGGAGUGAUUACCUUCAUACCGAAAAGGAAGACGAUGACUCAGUGAAAGUGGCUCUGUUGGAAACGAAUCCAAUUCUUCUUGGUGUCACUAUCGCUGUUUCUCUUCUUCACACAGUUCUUGAAUUCCUCGCUUUUAAAAAUGACAUCCAGUUUUGGAGAAGUAGAAAAGAUCUCGUGGGACUUUCUGUCAGAUCAGUUCUUUUUAAUAUCUUCCAGUCCCUCAUUGUCUUCUUGUACAUCUGCGACAACGAAACCAACUUUAUGGUCAAGUUUAGCGUCGGAGCCGGUCUCCUCAUAGAAUGCUGGAAAAUCCCCAAAGUUAUGAAUGUAGAGUUUGAUAGAACCAAUCCGAUUCUUGGCGUUAUUCCUAGACUGAAGUUCAGCGACAAAGGAUCCUACGUGGAAAGUGACACAAAAGUUUAUGAUCAGAUGGCUUUCCGCUAUCUAUCGUGGGUACUUUUCCCACUGCUCGUUGGGUAUGCAGUAUACUCAAUCAUUUACGUGGAACAACGAGGAUGGUACUCCUGGGUUCUUAACAUGCUUUACGGAUAUCUUCUCAUGUUUGGCUUCAUCACAAUGACACCACAACUUUUCAUCAAUUACAAACUCAAGUCAGUGGCUCAUCUACCGUGGAGAAUGUUGACGUACAAAUUCAUCAACACGUUUAUUGAUGAUUUGUUCGCUUUUGUGAUCAAGAUGCCGCUGUUAUAUCGCAUUGGAUGUUUCAGAGAUGAUAUUAUUUUCCUGAUCUACUUGUAUCAACGCUGGAUCUACCGCGUUGACCCAACUCGUAUGAACGAAUAUGGAACAUCAGGAGAGCAUGAACAUGGAGUUCCGGAGCCAGUCGAAGGCACGGAAACUGCGAAGUCAGAUACCCCAGCCAUUGAAGAAUCGAAGAAGGACAAGUAGAUAAAGUGGCAAUCCCAACAAAAAAUAUCAAUCAUUCCCCUUUUUUUAUUAAUUUUCUUUUUAAGCCACAUGUCGCAACAUUAUGCCUUGAACAGCAAUAUCACUUACUCCGAAGCACAAUUUCAAUCAAAGCAUCUCUAGAUUUAUUCAGUUCUUUUUAUUCAAAUUCUGCUCCCAAAGACCUUUUCUUUCUCCCUCUGUGAUGUUUACGUGUGAUUUUGAAUUAUAUUUCAAUUUACGGCAACUAAUACAUUCAAAUUUUUGUACACUUUUAUUUUUCAGCCAAAAAUGAGAUCGGAACAAACGAACAAAUUGCAUUACGCAAUAUUUUUCAGUUGCGUGUCAUUAUAAUGACUGGAUGAAUUGUCACUUGAGAAAAAGCCAUCCCGAAGAUGAAGCAUGUAUGUAUAAUUUUAAGACAACCACCCAACCCCUCUUUAGGUUUCACGUGUGUGUCUACCUUCCUCGCUGUUUGCCUUUCCUGCUGCCAGGUACAGUACGAGGAACCAAUUUAGUUUCGCCUUUCUUUUUUUUUUGUUGCAUCCACGGUUGUCCUCGAAGUCGUCCUCGUACUGUAACUGGCUUUACCUCUAAGCGAGCGUACCUUUUGCAGUCAAUUUCAUCGUUCUUCUCCAGUAACACUUUUUGCUACUCGUUUUCUUGACACUUUUCGGGAGUAAUUGUUACUAUACUAAGUUCUAAAGUAGUUGAAAAGUUGAAUUUAAAAAAUGACCCUUGUUCCAUAAUUUCAAAGUUUUCACUUUUUGAAAAAUUAUCGUUCCACUCAAAUAUGGUCUCUGAUUUUUUGAAAAAAGUUGUUUGAUUCUCAGGUUUUCAGAAAGUUAACCAUACACUGAAAGUUGUUUUGUAUGUGUAAAAACUAUUUUUAAAAAAAUUUCAAAGUACAAUUGGAUAACGUUUUCUUUUUUUGUUUUGCAAAAAAAAAAAUCUAGGAAUGAAGUUUGAUUGUAUUGAUAAUUUUAUCCUUAUUAAUAAUAAUUUUUUUAUCCUUAA